AUGGAGGAUUUGACGGAAUUUCUUUGUGCACAGUUUUCUUCUGCUAAAGAUUUCUCAGAUGCCUGGAUAGCCAACACUAUCGAUGGUAACUUUAGCGAUUUUGAAGCUACAUCCUCAGCAGUCACUCCCGACUUCUUCUUAAAUGACACUUCUGAUCAAGUUGAUGUUUAUAAAAACUUGAUAUCGUUACUUAGAGUAUUAGAAGAAUCAUCUACAGGAACAGGUGUUUGGGAAAAAAUGAACGACGUUGGUAUCAGUGGAAAACGCAUGAUGCUUGUGUUUUGGUAUUCCAUGGAAAAAGCUCUACAGAGAGAUAGCCAGGGAAUGGAAGUGAAAGCUGGUAUUGCUGCUGCUUCUUGUUAUCAUACUAUGUGCUGUUUACAAGGUGCUCAAGCUUACCAUAUUUUCAACCCGUAUUUGUAUGAGAAAUGCUUGGAACUCUUCCGAACAGUGUAUCGAGAAAUAACGUAUGACUCUCGCUCUAUUAACACUAAAACAAAAACAAAAACUAAAGGAAAGGGUAAACAGAAACGAAAAGAUGAUGAUGAUCUUCCUGAAGAAGAGUCUAAAAUGAACUUAGAAAAGUCUGAAUUACAUGAAUUGCUAGAGCAGGCAACGUUAUCUCUCUACCUAUUGUUCAAUAAAGUUGCACUAUCCGCGUACAAAGAAGUUAGUGAAACUACAGCCUUGUUCGUUCGUGAUAUAGCCCAACUUGAUGCUUCAAAAGAAACUCGUACCGAGCCCUGUGAAAACGCUCGACAGUUCAGCAAACUUCCAUACAUUUCGGAUCGAGCUUUUGCAUUAAUGCAUAGAUUAGUUCAAGAUAAACAUAGUACGGAUGGAGUUUUGGUAUACUCUCGUAUCGUAUUUCCUAGAUUAGCUUAUUGGGGUUUUGACCUUAAUAUAGUUACAUCAUCAGCCAUACCUGCAAUCUUCACGAUGUGGAAAGAUUUGAUGUUUCGUUUCGUUGUUUAUAGAAUGAAACAUGGAGAAAAGCAAGAAAUGAGAAGUAUUGUUAAAAUUAUUGAUAAUUUAUUUUGUCGUUGUACUGAUCGACAAGACUAUCGUACUAAACUAUCUCAAUGUGUAGUCCAAAUAUUACUGGAACUACCUAGGAAAGAGCAAUAUGAUUUCAUUUGUAGACUGAAUGUUUUCUCUCAAAACGUCAAAACUUCUCUUCGGAACUUUACUGUCGAAGUAGUUCCCCACAUAUUGGUUUCCCUUGAUCUUAAUGAACUGAAGGAUAUUCCUGAUGAAGCUGCUGAAAGCAGCAUUCAAGCCGAAGUUACAAUAGCAUCCACCAGAGAUGAAGAUGAGGAUAGUGAUGAUGAUAACAGGCUAGCUCGCAAAUUAGCUCUUGAGAAAAAGAGAAAAGCGAAGCUGAACAAGAAGAAAGGGUUCGAAAGAGUAGAUGCUUCGAAUGCAUUGUAUGAAUGUUUACUUCGUUGUUGCUUGGAUAAGUCACCUAGUGUUAGAGGCAAGGCUAUAGUCUACGUUUCUAAUUUGCUGAAGGAUCCUGUCCAUGGUCAGCACUUAAGAAGGAUCAGUCAAUCUAUGUAUGAUAAAAAUCCCGGAUUCAUAACUGGUAAACAUACGGGAACUGGUGAAGACGAUGGCAAGAAGAACGAUUCCAUUAAUGAAGAAGAUUUCUUGGAUGAUUCAUUUGAAGAAGUUACCAAUGUGCUAUUUUUCAUUAUUAAAAAAGCUAUGAGUGAUGAAAAAGCUGCUGUUAGAAAAUCUGGGAUCAUCGCAAUGCAGUCAUAUUUUGGCAUGCUGGACAAUGCUGUAGAAUUUGAACUAGCUCUAACUCUUCUCAAGAACUCUGUUGUUGAUGCAUCUGUUCUAGUACGGAGGCAAUCUGCAGAAACAAUCAAUUUCAUUUUGAGAUCAAAGCCCGUUUACAGGAAUCAUCUUGAAAUUUUAUGGUUGAAAACAGUUUUACCUCUGAUUAAUGACCGAGAACAAUCAGUUGUUAGUGUCGCAGCUAAGCUUAUAAGUGAUACUAUAUUUUCCCCGCUUCUUAAUGGCGACGAGCUCGUUUGGUCUUUGUUAAAGAAAAUAGAACAAGAGGACAAUCACAGACGUUUACUCGUGAGAACAAUGUUCACUCAAGCAAGCGAGGGCAAAUUAACUGAAAACAUCAUCAAUGUUCUCCAGAAAAAUUUAGUAAAGAGCCCUGAAAACAUUGAUGUGAUCUGGAUGAUGUUGGCUGAACUUAGUGUUGUUUUCCGUUCUUCUAAUGUUAAGAUCAGUCCCUCUAAAGCAAUUGAGCGUUGGUUUGAAUUGACAGAUGAUGAUGAUGGAAACAAAGUUCGAUACAUUGCUAAGGUCUUGUCUUCUUCUGAUGAAUCCCUGGACUCUUCUCAAAAAUAUUCUCUCAUUGACGAUAUGAAGCGUAAAUUAUCAAAUUAUGAAUUAGAAGCAGCUCAUAUAUCAUCAGUCUAUUUGUGCAUGGCCAGGCUAAUGGGUGCUGUUGGCGAAGACGCUAAAAAUGGGAAUGUUUUGCGGGAUUUUGGUGUUAGGCUCCUCAACGACUGUAAACGACAACUACGGAAACACCUUGAUGAAUUCAGUUCCGAAAUUCAUAUGAAUGAUGGCGAAAGUUUAUCUUCAAUGGAAUCAAAGCUCAUCAGAGUCAUUACUACUAUAGGAGAAGUGAUACAGUUCUCACCUACUCUUCUUACUCUGUGUGACGAACUGGUCAAUGCUUUAAAAGUGAUUAUGGCUUCAGCUGAUAUCCAAGCUGAUGAAGAGAUUUGCUUUAAAAUUAUCAACUCGGCUGUACCAUCGGUAAAUCCUACUCCUUUACCAUCCCGCGCAGGAACAGCUCUUGGACAAUAUGCUGAACCUCAAUCUGAAGUAUUUUCCCAACCCACAUCCGUGGGAUCUCUUCCAAUGUCGCAGGGUCAGGCUAUCAUCCCUCCUCAUUUGAUUAAUAGGAAAGGGCAUUUUGUUGGAGUGCAGUUAUUUACCCCCCUCGUAAGAUCAUAUUGUGUUCUAGCAAUAGGAAAGUUUUGUCUGAUGGAUGAAAAAUUAGCUAAAAGCUGUGUUCCUGUUCUAGUUCGUCAGUUGAAGGUAAAUCCUGACCAUAUCAUCAGAAACAAUGUUGUCUUUGUAAUUUGCGACCUUUGCAUAAGAUAUACACUUCUUGUUGAUCGAUAUUCGCCAAUCAUUGCCAGUUGCCUGAAAGACAGAUCUACUUUAGUUCGCCAUCAUACUUUGGAAUCCUUAACAAACCUCAUUAAAGAGCAGUUUAUUCGCUGGGAAGGCCAGAUUAUGUAUAGAUUUGUUUCUACUAUUCUUGAUGAAAACAGAGCCAUUCGAGAAUAUGCCGAGUUUUGUUUGAAAGAUGUUUUAUUACUUCAGUUCCCUGGAAUGUUUUAUAAUCAUUUCAUAGAAUGUCUUAUCUAUUUUAAUGAGGUUUCACGGAAGUAUAUGCCUGGAGCAAUGGAAGAUUUGGAUGUUGAUACCUCUCUGAAGUUUUCACUUGGUGGAAAGCGUAAUUUCAAAGCAAGAAUGAUCCUGUACAAGUUUAUGAUUGCUACGUUUGAUGAUAAACAAAAAUUCAUGACCAUGUCACACAUCUGUGAGCAAAUAUUCAGGCCAAUUUGUAGUGGGGAACUAGAUUUCAAGAGCAAGCAUGUUCAAGACUUACUAACAGACGCUUUCGAAAUAAUGUCUUCCAAAGAGAUUCGGCUUAAUAUGGAUGUUGGAAAAGGAAACGAUGAAGAUGAAGAUGAACCUUCACCUGAUAUAGUAGCUGCAGCUAAGAACAUGAUUUCAUCCGCUUUCCGCAAAGGAUUUAUUCUGUCGAUCAUGCCGCCGCUUCUCGAAAUGAGAUCAUUUCUUCUUGAAAAUCAAAGCAAUCAAAUCAAGUUAUGCUUCGCAGUUCUCAGAGCGAUUUGCCGCGAGCAUCAAGAACAGAUUGAUGAGUUUUUAGCUGGGGACAAACAGCUCAAAGCAGAGAUCGAAUUCGAUAUAAAGAAAUAUGAGAGAUAUGAAAUCUAUCAGAGAAAUAAAGCGAAGGAAGCUGCCCAAGCUGCUAAAAGAGAAAGGCGUUCCAUGGUUACAGCCGCUGUACUCAUUCGAGCACGCGAACAAUCCAACCCGGAUAACAAAUCUUCUAUGGAAGUAUUGGAAGAAGAUGCUACUGAUCGCGAAUGCACUCCACUCCGAAAGGAUUCUGCUGUCAAUAUGGAAGUAGCUGGAGAAAAUAAUGAAAAAUCUCCAAGUGAGGAGAGCCAACCCGAAAAAACCUCUGAAAAUAACGAAAGCGUUGCUGAUAUGCCAACGAGAUCUAGAAAACUUUCAAAAGUACAGAACAUGGAUGUUGAUCUGCCGAAAGAGAAUGUUAAUUGUGAUAAUGAGCUUGGAGAUUCAAGGAAUGUUGAAGUUCCUUCAAGUUCUACAGUAAUGCAAGGGAAAGAAAAUAAAACAGGUUCAGACGAUAUUGCUGAAAAAACAUCUAAAGGUUCUGAUGCUACGUUUGCUGUACCCACAGGAGGUCGCCUCUCUCAGAGAAAGCGCACUCGCUUAUCAGAAUCUAACCCUAUGUCAGAAGAAGCUAUACUAGGAAGAGCGAUAUCUACGCCAAACAAAACAAUGGAUCCAAAUCUUACUUUUGCUGAUCUCAACUUAUCCGCCAUUCGAAGUGAUAAUGAGGUGAAACCUCCACGAUCGAGCACUCGCUUACGGAGAACAACUCUUGACAGGAUCAAUGAAUGA